AUGAGUGUUAAAUUUGUUGUUUUUGUUUUAAACUUUUUAGGUUGUAACUACCUUAUGUCAGGUAAGUCUCAUGAUAUCUUGUUUUCUUGAAGCAGUUAAGUAAAACUAAGGCCAAAAUUUAUUGAACGUGUUAUAAUUUGCCCCAAUUUAUUGGCCAACGGGUGAAAAUAACAUGUUUUACUACGUCUUUGCUCAAAAAGGAAGGGUCAAAGUACACUAAAACAGCGUACAUAUAAAGGUCAGGUGAAUGUACAUCUUCGUGAGAGGUUUAAGAGGGCUUAUAAGGAGAAGCAAAUAAAUUAACCAGAGUAGAAAAAACAAUUGGAAGCAAGCUAUGUUGUUUUGGUCAAAAAACGUUUUUGCACUGUCCUGGUUUUUAAUUAAGCUUAAAAAGGCCAUAAUGAAUCUAAUUCUCAAGGGAGCUUUUAAUCGGAGCUACAAUCCUGGACAAAAGUCCUCAGGACAGUACUGCAAUAUUCAUAUUUUUCUGUCAUUUCUCGCUUCCCUCUUAAAACAGUGCAUCCUUUUCGAAAUUUUCUUGCAGUUCUCCCUCCCCCUCCUUAUACAAUAUUGAAACUCGGAAAAAAUUCUGGAUAUACGCGUCCAACAUUGUUUGUGGGGUCGGGGGAGGAGUUAGACCUGUUUUCCCUCCCCCUCCUUAUACAAAAUUGAAACUCGGAAAAAAUUCUGGAUAUACGCGUCCAACAUUGUUUGUGGGGUCGGGGGAGGAGUUAGACCUGUGUGAAUUGGAAAACGCCCCAGAAACGCAAAAGUGUCCCAAGACUUUUGUCCUUGAUUGUAGAUGGGGAUUAUAUCAUGGGGGGCUUAUAAUCGGAGCUAGAGAGGAAUUAUAGUAAGGGUUAGAAGGGGAUUAUAAUAGGAACUAGAGGGGGAUUAUAAUCGGAGCUAGAGGGGGAUUAUAAUAGGAGCUAAAGGGGGAUUAUAUCCUGGGGGCUUGUAAUCGGAGCUAGAGGAGGAUUAUGUCCUGAGGGACUCAUAAUCAGAGCUAGACGGGGAUUAUAUCCUGGGGGACUUAUAAUUGGAGCUAGAGGGGGCUUAUAUCCUGGGGAGCCUUUAAUCGGAGCUAGAGGGGGCUUAAAUCGGAGCCAGAGGGGGAUAAUAUCCUGGGGGGGUUAUUAUCGGGGCGAGAGGGGGAAUAUAUCCUGGGGGGCUUAUAUCUGAGCUAGAGGGGGCGCAUUAAAAGGGGGGCUCAUAAGCGUAGCUAAAGGCGAGCUAUCCUAGGAGCUGUCGCGGGAGUUUAUCAGGGGGGGAUUCUCCAAUCCCUGNCGAAUGUCGCUCAUGGGUACGGGUUGAGGUUGGGUUUUUCCCGUUCUGAAUUCCGCUUUGUCAGAACGGACCGCCUUAGUAAUUUUGUUACCCACAGUUACAAUAGGAUUUAAUUGUUUUUGCCUUCUGUGCCAUGUGUAAUUAUGUGUUCUGCGUAUUCUUGACCUCCCUUGUAAUUUAGUGUUAUACACUACCAAAGGGUUUAAUAAACUGAUUAUUAUUAUUAUAAUACGGAGGAGAAAAUAGAAAGUGCCCGUAUUAACAAGGUAUCUGUAUUAAGCGAGUUGAAUUUAAAGAAAAUGUAAUGACUUUCUUUCGACCUUUCGACAGGGACAAAGCCAUAACUGAUGAGGUGUCCAUAAUAAGCGGGAUUUGACUUUAGUAACUCUUUUCUAACCCUCUUCCUAGGUGUUGCUUCUGUGUUCCCAGUGGUCAAUCCAGUCCAACGCAGCAUAGCUACAAGGAAAGGAUCCAGCGUAACAUUGGUUUGUUUUGGUCGCAAUGUUAAUCCCUUGGAUACAAUGUCAGUUUGGAAAUUUAAAGGCCAGGUAAUUAAACAAGGUGGAAACAAAAAGGUCAGAACAAGGUGGCUGCCUGGAGGAACUGGUAAUUUUUCCCUGCACAUAACGAACGUUUCUGACAAAGAUGUUGGCCAGUACAUGUGCUCCUUGUCAGUUGCGAAUUUUAACAAGUUGGACGUGGCAGAAAGUUUCAUCAAGUUAAAGUUGUAUAGCAGCGGUACGUACUAAAUAAAUUACAUAUGAUUCUUGGUUCAUUAUUUCAACAGCCGAGAUCUGUAUGUUAGAAUACUGGAGACCAACAUCACCACGAAAUCGCCCUGGUGUAAUGUACCGUUCAGUUAUAAGCGUCUCUUUCGUAAUCACUUCUACUAACAUACUUAAGGGGGAAUUCUGGCUGGAUUUUCGUUGCAAAAGAGGUGAAUCGACAAUGAAAGAAAGGGGCACUUCGAGUUUUAGAAUUACAAUUAUAAGGAAGAAAUUAUUUCCUGGAUUGAUCAAGAUUAAAUCUGCUAAUUUGUAGUCUUCUAUCCGGUUGACAUGUUGUCGACAAGUUAAAGCGUUGUUCUUUGAGAAUGUUUGACGAACUAAGCCUUGUUAACUAGUUCAUUUUUUAUAUUAUCGGCUUAUUUUCGCUUACAAUAGAAUUAAAGUUUGUUUAAUUUGCUGAUCCAGUAAGAUGGCCAAAGGGAACGUACGCACUACCAAUGCCAGUGAGUGGAUGCCCAAAGGGGAAAAAAGCGCUGUGGUCAGAAGGAUUUCUGAAGCAGAAUACAGAAGACACCACUCCUCUCAGUAACUGGUCACGCCCAACUCAUUUGAAGGGACUCAAGAAAAACAAUGUGAUCACCCAACACUUCUGCGUGAAAGAAAAGAAGAGUGGCUCCGACGAAUGGCCGGCUGGAAAAUACUGUAUAUUCAAGAAAGGCAAAUGUCCUCCAGGUCAGAGUUUGAAGCUGGGACUUGUCAAUAGUUUUGAUUAAUAUAUUUCUUGCCUUCUUAAAUUAUCUCAAUUAUUUUGGCCUAGAGAUUUGAAACAUUACUUUGGAUACAUGUCAUGUCGCGCUGAGUGGUUCAAAGCUGGGUUAAAAUAACCCAGGGUUAGUGUGAAAUUUGAAUUCGGAUAUUAAAGCUUAAAAAGCGGAUUGAGUUUAAUCCUUUUUGUCUCAGUACAAUUUGAUGACUGGAUGCUCUGACAGAAAGAGAAGAUUGUACGAGAAAAUGCUCUUAAGCGAAAGAAAAACAAAUCGGGAUUAAAACCUAACCACGGGUUAGCGCUAAUCGGUCAUCGAACAACUGGGCCAGAGCAACAAUGUCAUUUACUUUGAUUGUGCUGACUGUGCUGCGCGUUUCCGCAGAGCUUCGCCAAACCUAGAGAAUUUUUUUGCUGAUGUUGCCGCCUGAAAAAUUCUCUUUUCAUCUUCUAUUGAAGUAGUACGCCGCUUGACUGUGUUCUUAAUUCCCAAUGAAUAAUAGGUUUUGAGGAGGGAUCGAUCAAGUGGGAUGACGAAGACACGAAAAACGAUAAUAAGGCCAGCGGUGUUCUCCCUGACGGCGACUAUGGCAAAGACACAGUGGUGGAUUUCUGUUGUCGGUCAGAUGGGUCAGCGGAUAAACCUAUCGAACUGCCCAUGCGUGAACCGUUUUUUCUGUUGAAACACUCGAGUAGCUGUCAGUUAGUUAUGGGCAUGCUCGUUACGGAGGAAUGGGUCUUCUGGGACUGUGAAGACAAAGAAAACAAGAAUCUAGUUUCUGGAAAGAUACCAGAAUCUUUUGUGGCGAAGGAUGUAAAGCUUUAUUACUGCUACUACAUCGAGAAGUAA